AUGAUCUUGCUAUAUAGACCGAACGAAAAAUUCCCAGUCUGCGAACCACAACACGUCCGAACUUCGAACUACAGUUACAUUCAGUCAAUCAACGCCACUCCCGCUUCCAGUCAGUCUAAAUCCGAUCCUAACUUCCUCUCCAUCUUGACUGACGUUGCCGACGCAGGAAACGACAUGGACCCUUCUCCGAGCCAGACUGCCUUGAUGCGUAAAGUCGAAGGGCUCUUGGAAGUGAACAAGAAUCUGGACCACAGCACCAUGAUUCCCUAUUACAAGGCCGUCGUCUCUCCAAUUCGGUGCAUACCAACGGAGAUUUGGGCCAUGAUCUUUGUGGAGUGCCUCCGCUAUGAGAAUCGACUUUACAUAGAGGUCGUGCGAGAUGAAGCCCCUCUUAACGUAGCGGGGGUGUGUAAACGUUGGCGUGCAAUCGCUCUUUCAACGCCUUUCCUUUGGAGUUCCAUAUGGAUCACCCGGUCUCCAUCCCUCGACAGUUCAUACCCACGCAGAGAGCUGGUCUCUUUGUGGCUUGCUCGAUCAGCUCCGUGCCCGAUCUCCUUCUCGUUUACCAUUGACAUGCAGGGCGAUUUACCAGCCGUGCAGGACCUUUAUGCAGGAAAUAAACAAAAUUCUCCUGAUCAGGAAGCCCUCGUGGGAGAACUGCUCAGUUGUAUGUCACGCUGGAAAUCUGUCCAGUUCGCUUUGCCUUUCCUCAAUGGCUAUGAUAUCGAGGCAGGAGCACCAUUGUUGGAGAGAGUCAAGGUGAUCAAGGAUGUGGUCCAAUCUUGGAGCACCUUUGACCCAUUCAUUCACCGAAUAUGGGAGGACGCCCCGCGACUACGUAUUUUCUCGUUAUGCGACGAUACUGACUGGAGCAUUCGUUACGAAAAAGACUUGUUGCCAGUGCCUAUCAGACUUACCGAGCUCGACAUUGACUUUGAUUAUCCCCUGAUACUGUGCUGGCUAGUUUUCCACGAGUCGCCUGAAUUGACGACGUGUAAUUUGGGGCGAUUUUGCGGCAUCGAAGACUCAUGCGCGACUCUCCCUCCAGUUUUCCUUCCCCAGCUACAUUCCCUAACGGUGACGAGUACAAUUCAACUCUUCGACGAAGGAGAAACGUUGAAGCUGACGAAGGUGCUGUCCUUGAUUACUGCACCCAAUCUUAAAACGUUUGGGAUGUAUUGGGACAACGGUUAUCUGCAUGAACCUCUCAUGUCAUUCCUCGCCCGAUCGGCCUGUGCCCUGACAGAGCUUUUCAUUUUCACCGUGCCCAUUCCAAAGAGGGAGAUGAAAGAGGUUCUCGAAGCGAUAAGCGGGUCCAUCAAAGUCCUAAAAGUGGAUGUUGGAAUGACAGGCACCCCGUUCGGAAAGGAUUUGUUGCGGUCGCUUACUUGGAGAGGCCCCGACGAGAAAUUCCUAUGCCCUAAUUUAGAACGGAUCUUAUUUGGCCGCUCCGUUAUCGGUAAGAGAAACAGUCUUUUCAUACGAAUGGUCGAAUCCAGGUGGCACGUGGACAAUGGUAGGGUUCGUUUGGACGAGGUUGAAAUCUAUUCCUCGCGUAAACUGGGUCCACCGCCAGGCUUUGAUCAGCUCGAAGUAUAUCAGAGGGAGGGUCUCAAAUUACACGUGGAUUAUGACUGGGACACUGAGAUCAAAAGUGAUAUGGAGGGCGGAGACACAGAGUAG